GAUUGCCUGAUGGCCCCCACUAAAGGGCCAGGAGCCAUGUAUAUUUGGCUGCUGGUUGCUGUAGCCAUCACGCUGACAGAUGCUUCACACAAACAUUCCUACUCUCCACACUUCCAGCACACGUCAUGGUUGGUGGAAGAGCGUUCUUUGUCGACUCUGGUAGACCUGGACGAGUACAUGGAAGACCUUGUUAAAUUGGCUCGUCUACAAAUUUCAAAGGCCUUCACGGAAGAAUCUCGCCGCUACCGCAGAGCACUGGACAUGGCAUCUAUUAAGGUGAAAGGAACUGAAGAUGUUGGCUUUGAACUUGAUGAAGAUCAGGAUUUUGGGACGAAACAGGUGACAGGGUUUCACUUCUUUACCCAUGAACAUGCAUCUUACUGGAUAUUUGGGAGCUCAAGGACUGAGAUGCAGACGGUGGCUUCCUGGUCUCCAGCGUCUCGCACCCUCACAACCAUAGCUAAAUUUCAACUUACCUUCACCAGCCUGGCAGAAGUUAACAUAAUAGCUGCCCAAUUCUACAACGGUUUUAUAAUCCUGGCUCUUGGCUCGUCAACAUCAAGGUUUGUGAGCAUAGUGUGCAUUAACGUGUCUACCAGACAGUUAAGUACACCACAAGUUAUACCGUCCAGGGGUGUAGUGGGCGCCCUGCAUCUCUUCAAAGCCUUGGAGAAGCUGUACCUUGUAAUAGGCGAACAAUACUUUGCUACUCCAGGCGAUGAUGCUGCUAACUCCGCGAUGUAUGUUAUGGUGGGAGAAUACUUCGACUACCUGGAUGACGCCCAGUUGACGGCCUCUGGAGUGACAGACAUAACAGGCUUUGCUGAUGCUGGUAGUUACUACCUCGUCUUUGGCAUGCAGUCAAUGGAAGGAUCACGUGUAUACGAAUUCAACCUGGCCCUGGAGACCUUGACCCUGACCCAACAACUUCCUGAGACUCGGGUGUUGAGCGUCCAUCACUACCUCGACCACCAUGACAACAAACAUUACGUCCUUCUAAUGAAUAAUGAUGCCCCAAAUAUCUACUGGUGGAACCAUAAGCAGUUGCAGAAGUGGCAAGUGUUGGACUAUCCCGAUGUUAUUGAUCUCACUAGCAGUGUUGGAGUCCUGCCAUUACACAACCUGGAGAACCUUCUCUUCGUAACCACAGGGGCAACAAUCACGCUAUAUGGAGACGACUUAACGGGCCACUACUCUCCUUCCUUCAGUCUACACACAUCUUGCAUUACCGUGAAGGACGUGUAUGGAGUCAGACUAGAAAAUAACUAUUAUAUAGUUUACAUUUGUUCAGCCACUGUAGACACUUUGGAAGCAAAAGUCCUCGAUUUGGAAGAUAUAAUAUUAGAUGAGGAACCUGGAGACCCACUGCUAAGGUGUCUGGCUGACUUGUCUAGUAUGCUAACAGCAAGAAAGUCUGAAGUUUCUUACCUUGAAGAAGUGAUCGUGAAAGACACUCUCAUGAGCGUCAACCAUGCCCAGGUUUGGAGUGGGCCUGUAGUCUUCCCGGAGUUGACCGUAACUGGUGAGAUGUCUGUUAGUCACCCGGUGGUUAUCGGGUCGCCAGUGGGAGCAACUGGAACUAACGAGUCUGUAGACCAUUACGAAGCUGCCCUAAUGAAUCUUGAGACAGAGGUAGAGGCUAUUAAAGAGGAACUACCCAUGGUGUUGCUGUACUCUGGCUCCCAGACCAUAUCUGGACCCAUCACUGCUACCUCCCUCUCCGUCGAUCACGUCUACUUCGAUGCACUCGUAUUGCAGAAGGUUAAUGGAUUUCAUUUGGGGAGGACAGCCCAAGAGUUUCUACUGGAUGAUGUUGAUCAAACAAUAGAGGGCAUGUGGCACGUAGACUAUCUGGGUACAAGAGUGUUCAGCACCCUGGGAGACACAGUACCCGGCAUGAUCUCUGGAGUAGUUAACAAGUGUCUCUGGAUUCGUGCCUCUAAUCUUCUGGCUACCGUGCCCACUAUGGACUACAUGCGGUGCAGUGCAGUAGAGCAGACAGUACUGGGACAACAUACGUACAAGACACUGCUAGCCAGGAAAAUCUGCGACACGCACUGCAGGAACUCUUCCAUUAUAAUUAAUGGUAUAAACACUGCCGACAUUGUCACUAAGGAAAGCAACGUUACACUUUCAAAUAAGGCUUUCACUAAUGUAAUGAUUACUGGAACAGUUUCUGCUGAAACUGUUAAUUCUAUGGUGGUCAGGAGACUUGCACACCAAGCAGUGUACACGGAUCGCACCUCAACACAAACAUUAGUUGGGAACUUCACCCUUAGUACAGUUUUGGUUAAGGGCAAUGUUGCUGCUUCCUCAAUCAAUGGCCUAAAUAUUGUAGACCUAGACAGCAGUGUUGUGAAGAGACAUGGUAACUACAGGCUGGCAGGUGGUCUAGUGUUCGCUGAAGACUUGGUGGUGAGUGGAUCAGUCCUGUUAGACAGCAUAAACGAAGUACUUUGGAGUAACAUUGUGGAUACAAACUCUCUUGACCAAAUUACCUCAACCUACCACUUCUCAGACGUGUCUAUAGAGAGUUCACUAGACUCUGACAGUAUUAAUGGCGUAAAUCUAAGUGAUGGGCCAGUCCUUGUCGACACCAACCAGAUAAUAAACGGCUACAUAAACUUCAAGGAAUCAGUAGGUGUGAGUGGGUCAGAAGGUGUAAUAAUGGAGGAAGGAGCUACAGUGAACACCAUAGAUCCCUCCAGCUUGCAGACACUAUCUGGUGUCACCGGAACCCUUCUUAUUGACGAGGAAAUUAUUUUCCAAAGUCCAUUAAUUUUGUCUGGUAAUGUGAAGGCACCUAGUAUUAAUGGCUUUCUACUUGACAGUCUUGACACUCUGUACUGGCGAAAGUCUGAGCAUCAGAGUAUUGAAACUACUGGCUACAUUCUGAAUGCAGUGUUCCAGGGUCCGGUGAUGGCUGACACGCUGAAUGGAUGGAUGAUAACAGAUUACCUGCAAAACACCGACCAGGAAACUGUAUUUAGUGACUACUCUUUCCAGGGUAGCGUGUUUGUCAGAGGUGGCCUAGUGAUGAGAGACGGAAGCAAGAUCGACAACGUCGAUGUGUCUGAAUUAAUAGACCAAAUUGUUACAGUAAACGGGUCUCAAACUAUUUUUGGGCACAAGAAGUUCAUCGGAAAAGUGAAUGUCGUAGACUUGGAGCUGCAAGGCAGACUGAAUGGCUUAGACGUAACUAAAGACCUGAUGAGACUGGACCAGAAUCUCCCACAGACUGGCCAUUUGACCUUCACCAGUCCAAUAGACAUGAUGACAUUAGAUGUAGUGGAGGCUGAUGUUACGCUGGAGUCUCUGAACGGCUUAGAUGUCCUAACCACCGCUAAUAACAUGGUGCUUUUAGGUGAAAAUGCCACUGUGAGUGACAGCAGUGGCCUCCAGUUCACCGGCGAUGUUCAUGUAAAAGAAUUACUGGUGCACGAGCUAGUGGAUGGUGUAAACAUCGAAGACUUGGUGCGGAGAGCCAUAAAGAAAUCUUGGAACACAUCUCAGCGGAUUUCCUCCAGAGUAGUUGUUGAGGGAGAUGUUUACCUUGCCGGCCCAGCCUCCCUCUCCAGUGUUAACGGAGAAGACUGGAAUGAACAUCUGAACAACGUUGUUCUCCUGAACUACAGCGGAGAGAUCAGUGGUAGAAAGACCUUCACUCUGCCUCUCUACAUGCAAGGACACUUCAACCCCACCAUAAUUAAUGGUUUGAGUUUACACGACUUUUCUGCUAGACUUCUAACUCGCUCUGGGGAACAAGUGAUCAGAGGAACUUACACCUUCACUGACAUCAUUGCAAGAGAAUUGUUUGCACCAAUGAUUGAUGGACAAAACCUGAGCAACAUCUUGCUGAUAGAUGAAGCGCAGCACGUCGAUGGUAGUCUGAUAUUUAAGGAAGUUUCUAUGUAUGGCUUAACGUCUGACACUGGUGUCUUAGAUGGCUGUGAUCUUCAAAAGCUUCAGAGUGGUGCGAUAUGGAAAGAUGUCGGCGAGCUGAACAUCAACGCUGAGGUGACUAUUGAUACCCUCGUGGUGGAAGGAGCAGCAACAGCUACUGCAGACAUGUCUGCAGUGAAGGCGGGCAACAAAAUAGACGUGAUCAACUUCCUAAAUUCACUGGUCCUGAAGUCUUCUGAUCAAAAUAUAACUGGUAUGGUGCACUUUCUUAACGAUAUGCACUUCACCCACCUUAAUGUAGACACGAUCAACAGCGUUAAUGUCGAAGAAUUUCUACGCGUAGGUGUGAUGAAAGACGAAAGUGUGGUAAUAAACUGUGAUUUGAGCUUCACAAAAGGAUUGACUGUAAAGCAUGUGGAGGUGAAGUCAGCCGUGUCAGGCGGCAGCAGCGGUGGUGUAUUGCUGAACGGUGUCAACAUCACUGAUGUACACAGUCGUGCAGUCUAUGCCGACGGUGGUUCAGUAGAAAUUGUGGGAAGGAAAGUCUUCUUAAAUGCUUUGUCCGUUCAUCACCUGGUUGCUGAGUAUGUUGGCAGUGUCGCUGUACAGAACCUGGUGGUACCAGCCAGGGAAGUGUCCAUGGCUGUUGAUUUCAUCUUUACUGCUCCAAUCAUAGUUUUUGGCAAUGUUCUGGUGUCUGGGCUGGUUGAUGGCAUAGAUUUGGAAGACUUCUUCUCUACCAGAGCUGUGUUUAAUACCACACAAACUCUGUUUGGAUCCUAUACAUUUGAGGCAAUGAGAGUGGAAGGUGAUCUACAGGUAGAAAUGAUAAAUAAUGUGUCUAUAUCUGACCUGGUACUGAGGUACAGCAGCUCACAGCAGGUAAUAUCAGGCACAAAGAUAUUGAAUGGUGGUCUCGUUGUUACCGGGGACAUCUUCGCCUCUACACUAAAUGGUUUAGACCUCUGGAAGCUGAAUAAUACACUAGUGAGACUAGACCGCAGUGUCACCAUAAAUACUCCUGUGGUUUUUGAGAAAAAAGUAACAUGCUCAGUGAAGGCGUUUGUCAAGAACACUGUCAAUGAUUUAGACCUCUCAGAACUAAGCCGCAAUCUGUCUACUCUGAGAACGAGAAUCACUGAACAUUAUCAUAGAAUUGACAGUAUCCUGAAUCAGUUUGGUUCACUUCAUGAAGAAAACUACGAAACUGCCAAAGGACUGUACUCUGAACUCUCGUACCUGGAGAAGAUAGACCUACCCAGAGACACUAAUGUAUAUGGCAGACUUUGGACUGGUAGGAUUCCUGGAGCAGAGGGUCAGUACCUGAAGAUAAUUAGUUGCCCAGAUCCUCCAUGUCGCUGCUCUACACAAUGUCAUAAAAGGGGAAUGGAUCGCACCCAAAACUCGUUGACAAUUGUGCUGAAGCUCGAUGAAGGUGGUGAGAAAAUUACACAAACAUGGAGCAUAAAAUCUGCCAAGGAAGCUGUUGACAUUGACUUGGCUUUUACUGACAACACCUGGUUCCUGUUUGUUGCAAAUACUUACGAUCCUGACGACACCAUUGCUCCUUACACUACCACCUCACAACUCUUCACUUGGAGCCACUCCACUCAAAUGUUCACCAUGGUGGCAGAGUACGUGGCGGAUCACACAUCGUCUGUCAGCUUCCUGCAGACAGUCUCGCCUCUUGAAGAAACCUUAUUUACUCUGGCACAGCUUAAGCUGGCAGAUUCUCCAGCGUUCAGAGACUGCCUGAAAUACACUACAAAAGUUCUAGUGUUCCGGUAUAACAUGAACACCAGGAAUUUUGAAGCAUACCAGUCACUUGCUGCAUAUGGUGUGGUAGAUCAGGCUGUGUUGCAUGUAGACGACACGCUCUAUCUACUACUAUUGUCUAAUUAUGAAGACAGUCUAUAUGUUUAUGAAUAUCUUCAUCGUGAGGGCUUCAUCCUACUCUACAAAAUUCGUGUAAAGGAUCCCUACUCUGUGCUUAUUAUGGAAGUGGAGAGACAAACAUUCGUAGUAGUGUCAACAAGUCGUGGUCUUGAGAGAUUCAAAGUCCACCUGAAGGGCGUAUCUCCUGACUUGCUGUAGAAUUUGGAAAGUUUCGCUUAAACUUUUUGUGGCUAUCUGAUAAAUUAUUUUUAAUAAAUAUGUAUGAACUCUA